AACGCCUUUGGGAUGAAUUAGAGUGGAGACUGAGAGCCAGGCCUUCUCGUCCAUCAUCAGUGUGUGACCUCACAAAUGAGCUUCUGGAAGAAUGGUCAAAAAUUCCCAUCAACACACUCCUAAACCUUGUGGACAGCCUUCCCAGAAGAGUUGAUGCUGUUCUAGCUGCAAAGGGUGGACCAACGUCAUAUUGAACCCUAUGGAUUAAGAAUGGGAUGUUGCUUACCUUCAUAUGGGAGUCAAGGCAGGUUUCUUUGACAGAAACUCCUCAUAAUGUCUAUCCUAGGAUUAAAGAAGAAACAGCCAAAGACUUUCAAAGUCAAAGUUAUCACUAUGGAUGCUGAAAUGGAGUUCAGCUGUGAGGUAAAGUGGAAAGGUAAAGACCUGUUUGACCUGGUGUGUCGCACUGUUGGUUUGAGGGAGACCUGGUUCUUUGGACUCAGGUAUACAGUAAAGGACACCUAUGCCUGGCUGAAGCAAGAAAAACGGGUCCUGGACCAGGAGGUUCCCAAGGACUCUCCUAUAACAUUUCAUUUCCUGGCUAAAUUCUUCCCAGAAAAAGUAGAAGAGGAACUGGUCCAAGAAAUUACUCAGCACCUCUUCUUUUUACAGGUGAAGAAACAGAUAUUAGAUGAAGAAAUAUUCUGUUCUCCUGAAGCCUCUGUACUGCUGGCAUCAUAUGCCGUCCAAGCCAAGUAUGGAGAUUAUGACCCAAACUUUCACAAGCCGGGCUUCCUGGCUCAGGAUGAGCUUUUGCCAAAAAGAGUUCUGAUGCAGUACCAAAUGACAGCCGACAUGUGGGAGGAGAAGAUCACAGCCUGGUACGCUGAGCACAGAGGCAUCGCCAGGGAUGAAGCAGAGAUGGAAUAUUUAAAGAUUGCUCAGGACCUUGAGAUGUACGGCGUCAGCUACUUUGCCAUUACUCAAAAUAAAAGGGACACGGACUUGUUACUUGGAGUGGAUGCUCAAGGUCUUCACAUCUACAGCCCCAACAGCAAACUCAGCCCGAACAAAUCUUUUCCUUGGAGCGGAAUCCGUAACAUCUCGUACAGUGAGAAGGAGUUUACAAUCAAACCCCUGGACAAGAAGAAAGACGUUUUCAAGUUCUACUCGUCUCAACUGCGCGUCAAUAAGCUGAUCCUGCAGCUGUGCAUUGGGAACCACGAUCUGUUUAUGAGGAGGAGGAAGGUGGACUCAAUUGAAGUGCAGCAGAUGAAGGCUCAAGCCAAAGAGGAGAAGGCCCGCAAGAAGAUGGAGCGUCAGAUCCUGGCACGGGAGAAACAAAUGAGGGAGGAGGCAGAACGAGCCAAGGAGGAAAUGGAACGAAGACUUUUCCAGCUGCAGGAUGAGGCGCGACUGGCAAACGAGGCACUGCUGAGAUCUGAGGAGACAGCCGACCUGCUAGCAGAGAAGGCCCAGAUUGCUGAGGAAGAAGCCAAGCUGUUGGCCCACAAGGCUGCAGAAGCUGAGCAGGAGAGGCAGAGGUUAGAGGUCACAGCCAUGAAGACUAAGGAGGAGAAAAGGUUGAUGGAGCAGAAGAUGAGGGAGGCGGAGCAACUGGCUGUAAAACUGGUGGAGCAGUCUGAGCGGAGGUUGAAGGAAGCAGAUCACCUGAAACAGGACCUGACUGAGGCUAAGGACGCUGAGCGGAGAGCCAAGCAGAAGCUGCUGGAGAUCACCAAAACUACAUACCCUCUCAUAGCAGCCUACUCCACCCCUCCUGCUCCUCCUGAGGCAGCUGACUUGGGUUACGAAUCAGCGUCUACGCGCCUCGACUUCAAGGACUCUGACAUGAAAAGGCUCUCUAUGGAGAUUGAGAGAGAGAGGCUGGAGUACAUGGAGAAGAGUAAACACCUGCAGGACCAGCUGAAGGAGCUGAAGUCUGAGAUCGAGUCUCUGAAGCUGGAGGAGCAGCAGCAACAGGCCGGCCUCUACGGCCUCCAAAGUGAGGCGAGGGGAUACGUCCAGGAGCCCGUCUACAUACCUCACAGCAACCGAAACUCUGCGUACAUGUCUCAGAUGGCCUUCUUUGAAGAAGUGUGAUGCUGCUCCUGCAGGAGGAGGAAGAAGGGCACCGGCUGCUGCGCCUUAAUGCUUUCUCAACACGUUCAGUUAAACACUAACAACCGACAGACACAGACGUACAUACACCGUGAAUGUGUGCUUUGGAAUGACUUUAAAUCUAUCCACAACAACAGACUGACUCUAGUGUGGCUGCCUGCUAGGUCGUACCACCUGCUACACUCCAGCACCUUCAACGUGUCUUUUAUAAAUAUAGAGAACACAUAAAUGUGUCACACAUAUCUAACACUGUUUCAGGAUAUGGUGUGGAACACGGAUGUAUGGCGGUUUGUGUGGUUUUAAGGGAUUCUUAGCUGUAAGAUGCUCAGAUACAGAAAUGUUUCUGCCUUACAACGUUUUGAAACAGGGAUCUGGUUAAAAGUGGUCACAAACCAGCUUAUGGCAAAGUCUCUUCAUCAGAUUUCAUUACAAAAAUGGGCUUUUUUCCAGUCUGGGGUGAAUUUUGUAAAUAUGGAAGUUUUUGUUUAUUUUCUUUCGAACUAGUAAAUAUUUCUCCAACUUGGCUACUACAAAAUUUGAUGUAGUAAUUCAUCAAAGAAACCCUAAUUUCAGAUUUACCAAGGUAUUUCGAAUUACCCUUUAAACACUAAAUAUGACUCUCGGUCAGCAAUAUGCAAAGUGAGCAUUUACACUGAGAUGUGGCUCAUAAACGUCACUAAUAAAAGUAGUAAUUGCACACAAAUGUCCACAUCUGACAAGUGGAUCUGUGCAGGGACAGUGUCUACAUGGGACACCACUAACUAUGUUAAAUUCAGAGCUUUGUUUUAGUCCUCUGUAUUUACUUGUUACAUUUACUUCUUGAACUGGCUUUACUGAUAACAUUUAAGAUCCCUUAAUUGGUGUAGUGCCUCAUCAUGCUAGUGAAUAGAAAUGUAGUACACAGUUAGGAGAUUGCUAUUUCAAUAUUUUGUUCUUUAGACUGCUGAUGUGCCUUGAACUUUAUUUUUUUGCUUUUACGAGUUAAGAUACUAAGGUUUCAUUUGGUUUCAUUGUGCUCAUGUGUCUUAGAGCUGCUUCAACUUUGGGGCUGAUAUCUUCCUGAAACUAAGUUACAGAGCAGCAGAUUGGUGGCUUUCCUUACCCCCCCCCCCCCCCCCCCCCCCCCAUGCACUUCUCAGGGUUAGUGUUGGAGACAAUCACUGCGGGUAGAAUCACAUUAGUUUCCCCUGAAGAUAUACAGUAUAAUGCCCAGUAAUGUUUAACCUCAGUAAGUCCAAUAGAAGUUUAAAGAUGUUUAGUAGCGGUGCAUGCACUGUAUUUAACAAACGGAGAACUUUAACUCUUACACUUCUCAUUACAUCCUCAAAAAGGGAGAGGCUGGAUGCCAAACAUAGUGCCAGAGGUUCGGCCUGCUUGUUUAUUUGGACCGGCCUAUUGGGCUGAUUUGAUGGUGGACUAACCAGUGACAAAUGAGGGGUUCAUUAUCAGUAACGCUAACCUUGGACUUGUGUAAAUGGUGUUGUUUUUACUGAAUUGUUCUUAAGUGCUUCAGUUUGCUCCUUUAACCUUAUUUAUUUGCGCUAUAAAUCCUCAGAUAACAUCAUCACAUUUUGUUGAGGUUCUGUAUUGUGGGGAAACUUUUUGUCAUUUAGUGUUAGUUUUGUUUUACUGUAAUGAGAUUAUCCAACUAAAUUCAAGUCCAGUGUUAAAAUGUAUUUUACACCUGAAAACUUUAAGAGGUUAGGAGUUUUGUUAAUGAUUUGUAACCUCAAGGUAUUUUGUGUAUAUCAUUUAAUUACAGCAGUGAUGAUACAGCAGUGUGUCUUUUUCCUAUUUGUGCGCACAUUUGUUGGACUUGUCUCAGAUGAUUAUGGUUUAUUUUGACUCAGUAAUGCUCCUCCAUCAAGGCCACACAACCCUCUAAAUAUGACUUUUAAUCACAAAUCUGAAAUCUGCACUGGAAUGUGCAUUAAAAUACAAAUUUUACAGGGAAUCUGAUGUCUGACUGGCUGAUGGCGGCUGAAAGUUUUAAAAGUCCUGACCAAAAAUACUCAAAGUGUGGACAAAGAGGAAACCUGCAACGUUUCAUGUGAGUCAAACUCUUGACCGCUGAGUUAUGGACAUUUCUGUUUUGUUGUAGAGCAGUGUAUAGGUUAUUCAGGUCUGCUUUGAACUGUCGUCAUUUAGGACUGAAAACUUGCGUUUUGUAUGUUCCAGGUUUAUACUUUGGUCCUUUGUCUUACAUUCUUACAUGUCUUUUUUUUUUUUUUUUUUUUUUAAAUCAAGCAUUUUUGUCACAUCGACCGAUAUCUUUUUUCUUUUUUUUUUUCAGUGCCGAUAUCGAUUAUUUGUAGUCAAGGAGGCCGAUAACCGAUAUCUGGAGCUGAUUCAUUUGUAGUAAAAGUGAAAAUAUUGCCAUCAAAAUUUUGGAUAAUACUAACUCCAAAACUUAAUUUUGUUGAAAUGCCUUUAAGCAUAUGUUUAUUAAACAGCUUUUCAGAUUUGCAA